GGAGCUCUGCUUAUGUGUGUUUAUGUUUACUGCAUAGUUUGCUUGUUACAGUGCAUCUUUUCGUCUGUGUGAGUGCUUAAUACUGCAGUUAGUAUGUUAAUGUAUCUAUGCUGCUUAUCCUUCCUACAAUAAAUGUACAAAGCGCUAUUCUAGAAAACCCUAAGGAAUUUAGUUUUGUAUACAUGGCCUUAGAGCCACACUCAUACAUUUCACAGGAGGUUAAGAAGUGCAGCUCCGUUUCCACCUCAUUUUGUAGGCUGUGCACAUAGCCUGUCUUCUCUUGAGAGCCAGGUCUGCCUACAGUGGCAUUUCUCAAUAGCAGGGCUAUGCUCACUGAGUCUGUACAUAGCCAAAGCUUUUAUUAAGUUUGGGUCAGUCACAGUGGUCAGGUAUUCUACCACAUUGUACUUUCUGUUUAGGGCUAAAUAGCAUUCUAAUAUUCUCUUUUUUUUGUUAAUUCUUUCCAAUGUGUCAAGUAAUUAUCUUUUUGUUUUCUCAUGAUUUGGUUGGGUGUAAUUGUGUUGCUGUCCUGGGGCUCUGUGGGGUCUGUUUUUGAACAGAGUCCCAUGACCAGCUUGCUUAGGGAACUCUUCUCCAGGUUCAUCUCUCUGUAGGUGAUGGCUUUGUUAUGGAAGGUUUGGGAAUCACUUUCUUUUAGGUGGUUGUAGAAUUUAAUGUCUCUUUUCUGGAUUUGGAUAAUUAGCAGGUAUCGGCCUAAUUCUGCUCUGCAUGCAUUAUUUGGUGUUUUACGUUAUAUACUGAGGAUAUUGGUGUUUGUCUCAUUUUGUGAAUUCUUGGUUGAUGAGCAGACCGCAGACCUCACAACCAUAAAGGGCAAUGGGUUCUAUAACUGAUUCAAGUAUUUUUAGAUCGUUCACAGCUUUGUGGAAGUUACCUGUGGCGCUGAUGUUUAGGCCGAGAGACCAGAUACCCUGAGGUGUGUUGUCUGUCUGCAUUUGUCGAAAAUGAACAAGGGAGGGAGCAGCACAAAUAUCACACAGCCAGGCACCAUGCAGGGGGAACCCUCCCCUCAUCCCUGAGUACUGAAAUUUCAGGACUGGAGCCUGAGUGUGUCAUAUCAGAUAGUGUCAGACUGCAUCCAGAAGGGGGGAUGAUAAGAGCUUCCUGAAAGUAGCCUUUGAGAAACCCUGUGGAAAAUUUUCCUCUAAUAGCCAUUUUCAAGCAGUGUCAGACAGGGUUGGUUAUUGACCUUCUCAACGGUAUUUCUUCAGACCAAACUCAGUGGUUUUAGCGAAGAGCCAGAAUGGAGUGGUCACUAGAGAGGGUGAGGGAGAUGGUGGCUGGAGGGAUGCAGUCUAUGAGGGACUGUGAGUCCAGUGCCUUUGGCACAGCCAUGUGCCUGCUGCUGCUCUUUGUGUGGUACUGUUACAGGGUAGGUCGUGAGCACAGUUCCUCUCCCCUGCGUGGGGGGUACAGCAAUGAGCCCAGUCGAGUAGGAGGGGGUGGGGGGGCCUUGAUCAGCACAGAGAGAGAUGGCAAGGCUAAAGGCAGGCCAGUGUCAGGGGUGGAGGAGCAGAACGGCUUUGCUUACUGUCAGUCCGCUGAGUCCUUUCGCUGCACCAACACAGGGGACGGUCUCAAUCAGAAGCUGUACCACAGCCUGCAAGAUUACGCCAAACGCUACACCUGGUCGGGCAUGGGCAGGGUACACAAAGGGGUACGAGACCAGGGUCGCUACCUCACCAGCCGGCCCACCAUCCAGAGGCCAGAGGUGUUCUUCCUCCCUGACCUGCCCUCAGCACCCUUCUUCUCCCGGGACGCACAGAAGCACGACGUGGAGCUGCUGGAGAGGAGCUUCCCUGCUCUGCUGGCUGAGUUUGAGAGCAUCUACCACUCCCCCCCAGCAAGGGCUGGCUCCUCCCUUCCUUUGGGCUGGAAGUCCAACAGCACCCCCCAUGGUCAGUGGUGGACCUUCUACUUGUUGAACCAGGGCACUCCGCUGGCCCUCAAUGCCAGGAGGUGCCCCCGGGCCUGGAGGGUGCUGGGUCAGCUGCGCACCUUUAUCGCCAACAACGUGUUUGGAAACGCCUGCUUCUCUGUGCUAACCCCGGGAGCCCUGAUCACUGAGCAUUACGGCCCAACCAACGUCAGGCUACGCUGCCACCUGGGUCUUAGAGUGCCCUCUUCCUGUGAGCUGGUGGUUGGCGGGGAGCCACAGUGCUGGUCUGAGGGGAGCUGUCUGCUGUUUGAUGACUCCUUCCUCCACAGGGCCUUCCAUGAGGGUGGCCCAGAGGACGGCCCCAGGGUUGUCUUCAUGGUGGACCUCUGGCACCCUAAUGUGGCAGCUGCUGAGAGACAGGCUCUGGACUAUAUCUUCACCCCCGGGCGCUAAGAAGACAAGGAGUUUGUUGGGGGGGGGGGGGGGGGUGAAGAGAAACAGAGCUACAGAGAGAAAAACAGAGGUAAAGGGCGACGGAGAGAAUGUCUUUCAGAAUGUAAGAGGGUUGGUGAAAAAAGUAGAGAAGAACAGUGUGAGUGGGGUGGGAGGGAGCGUUUCUCUUGUCCCGUUCCCAUACUCACUGUGUACAUAUUCUCUGUCCUGUUCGAAUCUGCUUUCUCCCUGUAACUCUUAGCACCUGCUGACUUUGACCAAACAGCCAUAAUGUAAAAUGUUACAUUUGAAUGUUUACAGCCCCAAUCCUUAUCCUGUGAUUAUCCCUGCCAAUGUGUGAUACUUUACUGUGCUCUCCUAUAGAAAUCAAUACAGCUUUCACAGAAACAUGGUUGGAUAAGCACAUAGAAACAUUUUUUUUAGAGAUCAAAUGAUUUGCUUGAAACUGUCUGUGUUGUUGCUACACAGAAGAAAGGCUUGUAUUUGGUAAAUGAUCUAAUUAAAUAAUGGUUGUAAUAUGGUUGUAUUUGAUAUCUUUGUAUUUCUGUAAAUAGAGUUGGAGUACAAAACAUAUCAGAGGUUUUGAAGUAUAAUUGUCUUACAAUCAAUAGUUAAGUUAUUGUGUGGUCUUAAUAUACUGGUACUGUAAUGUCAUCUUCUCUUCUGAGCAUUUGUCAUUUUGAUACAUUCAGUUUUAGAUAUCUGAAAUGUUUGGUGGUUUGGCUAUUGUUCAGUGACAUUUUAUAUAAUUCUGUGUUUUUUUUCCAGCUGUAUAUCAAAUUUAUGGUGAUAUUCUACCCCAAUAGAUUCAUAUUUGUGGCAUUUGUACUCAUUUUGAACAGUAUUUAAUAAAUGGCAAAUUAUCUGAA